AUGUCGACGGUGACAUCAACGCCGGCCGCAGCCGCUUACUCUUCGUCGCAAUACAAUUACUUAAACGGCACAUACUUUCCGACGCCGUUUCAUCUCCAACAACAACCGUCUCAGCCCUACAUUGGCCCUGCUCUUCCCGUUGUUCCUCGUGUCUAUUCUGCCCCGGCGUCUGUUCCCAGCGUUUACACUUUACAUCAAUAUCAACAAGCGCAACAAUUAUUUGAAAGAGUUGCACAAACUAUCACGCCCGAAGCAAUUGAGAAUGUGAAAGCUGCGCUUGCGAACAGUGAUAUUGAGCAAAAAGCUGAGGCCAAAAAGAAAGCUGUGCCUCGAAAGGCAGCAGAGCAGACUUGGGAAGAUCCUACCCUUGCAGAGUACUGGCCAGAGA